AUGAUAUCUCCUCUUCAUGCCCUGAUCGUCGGCAUUAACACCUACCCCGACGAAUUACUCGGAAACCUCUCCUGCGCAGUGAACGAUGCUCGAGCGUUCAGCACGUUCCUGCAAUCUCACCUGCACGUCUCGCCGACACGAAUUCACCUCCUUCUCGACAAACACGCGACUCAUGACGGCAUCAUCGCCAACUUCCGUCAGCAUCUGACUCACAACCCCAGCAUCGCUUUCGGCGACCCUAUCAUAUUCUACUAUGCCGGCCAUGGAUCUCAGUAUCCAUCGCUUCCGUCAUGGAGCACUGACGAUGGACAGUUUGAGGCGAUAUGCCCUACCGAUCGUGGAACGGUGGACCCUAAAACUCUCGCCAUGAUAACCGACAUAGGCGACUACACGCUGGGCAACCUGCUGCUCGAGCUCAGCAAGGCCAAGGGUGACAACAUCACCGUCAUCAUGGACUGCUGCCACUCUGGUAGCGGCACGCGCGCACCUGUGGAAUUCAGACCACGCCUGGCGCCACCCCUUGAGAACGAAGCGGCGGUACUUGCGAUGCUCCGGGAAAGCUCCGUGCUAGGAAUCGAAAAUCAAGACGAGCUCGACAAUACUACGCGGCAUUCCCGCCCUAUCUCCUUCAAGCAUUCGAGCCUGGCGACGCACGUCCUCCUGGCGGCAUGCCUCCAAGGCGAGCUCGCAUACGAGCACGACGACGGUUCCUCAGGCCUCUUCACCUCCGCGCUCAUCGCCACUCUGAGCGCCGCGCACCUGCCACGGCUCACGUAUGCGAUUCUGACCGCUUCGCUGAACAUUCAGCGGCGCAUCCAACAUCCGCAGUGCGAGGGUCGGCACAAGCACCGCGCGCUGUUCAACGGCCGCGCAUUCGGCGCCAACAGGCGCCUCGUUCCGCUCGGCACGCCCAUCCAUGAGCCAGGAGGGAACGAACAGAAACCGAUCUUACGUGUCGAGGCAGGCGCGAUGCACGGGGUCGUGCCGGGCACCGUCUUCGCGGUGUACCCGCACAAGUUCUGCGUCGGCGAGGCCCCACACGCACGCGUCGUCGCACGGGACGUGCAUGCGGUCUGGUCAUCCGUCGUCCCGCUGAGCCUCGACGAGGCUGCGCCAGGGGCCUACGCGGGCGUCCUGCUCUGGGCAAACGAUCGAAAUCCUGUCUCGAUCGCGAGCGGUGGUGCGAUCGAGUCGAAGAGGCUGGUGAACGACAUCGUGAAGCAGGGAAGGGAGGAGGGACUCGAGGUCGCCGUGGAGGAAGUCAGCGGCGAGGAGGUCCAGGGCGAGAGGCGCGUCGUGCUGAUUGUGUCUCUCAAGGAGCAUGAGAUUACCGUGGAGAGACGUAAUCUGGAAAUCCCUACGCCCCGCGUGUCCUGGCCCAUUCGCUUGCCGGGCGAUGCGCUUGCGGCGCUCAAUCGCGUCGCGCGAUUCGAGAUGCACCUGCGCAGGCAUAACCCAGCGCGCCCGCUCGGGGACAGCGUGACCAUGCGAUUCUGCCGCCUCGGCGCAGGACGCACCAACCCACUCGGAAGCGACGGACACCUGCGCAUAGGGGACGACAAGACGGAGUACGCCAUUCUCCUGGAGAACCACUCGACGCGGGACCUGUGGGUCUCGCUGCACUACUUUGACCCCGCAGAGUACAGCGUGCACUGCAUGUACGCGCCGCCGUCGGCGACGAUGCGCGCGCCACUACGUGCGGGGCAGCAGUUAGCGUUGGGCGAGGGGAGCUCGGGGGUCGAGCCGUUUCAGUUCGUGCUGCGCGAUAAUGAGAAGGAGGACUCGGGGUGGGUGAAGGCUUGGCUGUCGGACGAGUAUGCAGACCUAGCGAUGAUGGAAGAACUGGAGGGCGAGGCGGAGGAGAUGGAUUUCGACGCUGGCAGUACGGCAGGGACGCGGGCGGCUGGCGCGAGCUCGGUGGGCGGGGUGUGGGACACGCUGACUGCGAUGGUCACAAUUUCGGAGGUAACCUGAGGGGCGACAGCGCGGUUCAUGUGGGCUGGGAUCGCGAACGUCGGGACAGUGGCGUCGAGAAAUGAGCACCUGUUUCAAAAACUCAGGAGACAUUGUACGUAAAUUUCGCGUGUGAUUGCCUGGUGUCGUGAAGACGUACAACGCUACUUUUGCGUGCUU